AUGGAUCCAGCUUUAAUAUUUCAGUCCAUGGAUAGAGAUGCCAUGUUAAAUUUAUUGGGUAGUGCCGUUCAACACAUGCCAAUAAUGAAGUUCUACAAUGGUCAACAAAUGACAAAGUGUAUUUAUAUCUGUGCCAAGUUAAGAAUCUGUGAAAAGCUUGGAAACACUGUUCAAUCAAAGAAGUCAUGUUAUGAUAUUGCCACUGAGGUUGGUGCCCAUGGAGAGUCACUCUACCGUAUGAUGCGUGCCAUGUCAACCGAAGGUUUCUUUUCAGAGUGUAUUGGCCAAGGAAUGGAGAAAGGUAUCUUCCAACACACCAAUCUUUCUAUCCAAUUAUUGAACCAAGUCACCCGUGAUGAAGCUCUCCUUCAUUGUGGUACAGCCUUCUAUUUAUCAUGGGAGUCACUUUAUGAGACAGUAAUGACUGGAAAGACCUCUGGAUUCAAGAGUUUAGAUUCAACAUCACUAUGGGACUUCCUCAAGAAGAAUCCAGAAGCAGAUAUCGAGUUUACCAAAGGAAUGGCUUCAAUGUCAUCUCCAUCUGUUCAACAUUUGGUUAAAAUGGGUGACUUUAGUAAAUUCGAAAUUGUAUGUGAUGUUGGUGGUUCUCAUGGUUUAUUGUUAAAUGAAAUCUUGAAGAACUAUCCAACAAUUAAACAAGGAUUGAACUUUGAUCAACCAAUUGUAUUUGAAAACCUCAAAAAGUUAGGAGAAAGACAACUCGACCCAAGAUUCUCAGAUGUUGGAGGAAACUUCUUCGAAUCAGUUCCAGAAGCUGAUUGUUAUGUUUUCAAGUGGGUGCUGCAUAACUGGAAUGAUGACCAAUGUGUAGAAAUCUUAGCAAAUGUCUCCGAAGCAAUUAGAACAAACGGUAAAGUUUAUCUUGCAGAACAUAUGGGUGAAGAUUCUGCUGGUGAUUUCUCAUUAAAGAAAAGAUAUGUUGCAUGGACUGAUUUACAUAUGAUGAACUUGCUUAAUGGAAAAGUUCGUAACAAAUCAGAGUGGAAUCAAUUGAUUUCAAGAACUGAUUUCAAGAUUGAUCAAUUUGUUGAAUCAGAUCAAGGAUUAACUCAAAACUUUAUUAUUCUUUCAAAAAAAAGCUCAGCUCGUUAA